UUAUUGGUUAAUUACUAAUGGCGGAGGAACAUCCAUGUCAGACGCCGGAAGGCCACCGUCUCUGCGUUAACAACUGCGGUUUCUUCGGAAGCUCAGCCACCAUGAAUCUCUGCUCCAACUGCUACGGCGACCUCCGCCUCAAGAACCAGCAGCAAGCCUCCAUGAAAUCAACCGUCGAAUCCUCCCUCUCCGCCGCAUCUCCUCCGUCGUCGUCACCGGAGAUCGCGCCCGUCCUCCAAAUCCACGCGGCGGAACCGCAGAUCCCGGCGACGGAAAAACAAAUCCCGACGGCGACGGAGGAGCGGCAGCCGCCGCCGCCGCAGCGGCCUAACCGGUGCACCGCGUGCAGGAAACGGGUCGGGUUGACCGGGUUCAUGUGCCGGUGCGGGACGACUUUCUGUGGGGCCCACAGGUACCCGGAGGUUCACGGGUGCACGUUCGAUUUCAAGUCGGCUGGGCGCGAGGAGAUCGCUAAGGCUAACCCGUUGGUCGUAGCCGCGAAGCUCCGGAAGAUAUGAUCUGAGCCGUUGCUUUGCGUUUACCGUGAAAACAAACCCCCGAUGCUCUCUGUGAAUCUCAGCCGUUCAAGCCAUGGUUGUUAUGUUGAAACAUACUUUAUGUUACGGACAUGUGUUGUUACGUAACUAAAGGUUGAGGCAGUUUUCAUUCACCUUUUUAAUUAUUUUCCUUUUCUUCCGGAAGAAUUUUAAGUUUUAUAAUUGUGUGGCUUAUGCUUGUAAAAAAGAAAAGAGAUUUUAUUUUGGGAAAAAGAAAGAAAAUAUGUAAAA